AUGCGCGUCGUUGCGAGCGUGAAUGUGGCUGCAUCCUUCAAGAAUUGUGAAUCCUGGGGACCUCCCGCAGGAUCUCAGGAGGUGCACGACUGCGUGGCAUGCUUGCGGCCGCUGGUGAUGGUGGCUAGGAUUUUCGGCGUGCUGCCCAUUUCUUUCCAAGGCGCUAAUAUGCGGUUUCGCUGGAGGUCAUUUCUGACAGCAUACGCGCUAAUCGUGCUGAUCGUACUAUCCGCGUACGUGGUAUUCAAACUCACCACUUACUUUGCCCAUCUUUGCGCCUACAACGGUGUGUGUGGAGUGGAAUUCAACAAUGAAACUGAGAGGACGUUCAAUGCAAGCCAAGACGGACGCAGUGAAUCUAUUGCGAUGAAGCAAAAUGCGGCAGGCAAAUCAGAGAAAGACGAGCCAAUCCUGAACGGAAACUGGAGGGAGAAGCUGGAUAUGAUUGGCGUCGUGCAAAAUAUUAUAUUCUAUUGCUUUGGAGCUACGGGAGCAUUUCUGCUACUCAGGGCUGCUCCCAUGUUCGUCAGUCUGUGCGAAAGAUGGUGCGAGGUGGAGGAUGGCCUGGCCUCCGAGGCGCCGCUGGGCCGCCGCUGGCCGCUGUUCGCGGGACUGUCGCUGCUGGGGCUCUCGGCUGUCGGCGAGACCGCGGCGUCCAUGAUUGACGACGAAGAGCAUCUGCCUUCGUUCUGGCCGUUCCUGGAGACCUACAUCACACUAGGGCAUCCAGACAUCGUUGAAGUGCUCGGGUACACCCGCGUGUUGGGUAUCGUGAUGCUCAUCGUCAACAAAUACGCAACGUUCUUGUGGAACUUUGUGGACAUUUUCAUAGCCAACAUUGCGUUCGUCUUGACGAGGCAUUUCAAGGCUUUCAAUAAAAAGUUACUGAAAUAUACACAAGGUGGAGGAAGCGUAUCAGGGGCGGAUGUGCUCGGGGAGCGGUGGUGGAGAGGCGCGCGGGAGCAGCACCUCGCUCUGCAGGGGCUCGUGGAGGCUGCAGACGGCGUCACGGGGCCCCUCGUCCUGCAGUCCUUCGUCUGCAACCUCUUCUUCAUGCUCAUGCAGCUCUACAACGGACUCAAACCCAGCAUUUCCUCGACAAUGGUGCACCGGCUGUACCUGGCGUGGUCGUUUGUGCACCUGUUGUGCCGUCUGCUGUUUGUGUCGCUCACUUGCGCCUCACUGCACGCACAAACCCUCCAGCCCACCGCGCUCCUGCUCUCCCUGCCUGCUGAAAAAUGGAACUCUGAAGCAGAACGUUUCCUACAACAACUCCAGUCCAGGAGCGUAGGCCUGACGGGUUGUGGCUUCUUCUUCGUUAACAAGAGCUUCAUUCUGGCAACAACCGGCGCCCUCAUCACGUACGAGGUUAUCCUGCUGCAGCUCAAUCCUUCGAGACCUGCUGACGCUGCAUAA